CAGGGGCCUGCGCUGGCCCUGAUCCCCCCCUCUGGGAGAUGGUGCAGGCCGGGGGCCCCUCGCCCCCCCGCCGCCGCUCCGGCGGCCACCGCCGCUGACCCGCGCCCCCGCCCCAUGGCCGCCGCGGCGCCGCCCCCCCCUGACAAGCUGGAGGGAGGAGGCGGCCCCGCUGCGCCGCCAGCGCCGCCCAGCACCGGGAGGAAGCAGGGCAAAGCCGGUCUGCAAAUGAAGAGCCCAGAAAAGAAGCGACGCAAGUCAAAUACCCAGGGCCCUGCAUACUCACACCUGACGGAGUUUGCACCACCCCCGACCCCCAUGGUGGAUCACCUGGUGGCAUCUAACCCAUUUGAGGAUGACUUUGGGGCCCCCAAGGUUGGGGGGGCAGCUCCUCCAUUCCUUGGCAGUCCUGUGCCCUUUGGCGGAUUCCGUGUGCAAGGGGGCAUGGCAGGCCAGGUGCCCCCAGGCUAUGGGGGUGGGGGAGGAGGCGGGCCACAACCUCUUCGAAGACAGCCUCCUCCUUUCCCUCCCAAUCCAAUGGGCCCUGCCUUCAAUAUGCCCCCUCAGGGCCCUGGGUACCCACCUCCAGGUAACAUGAACUUCCCCAGCCAGCCUUUUAACCAACCCUUGGGCCAGAACUUUAGCCCUCCUGGGGGACAAAUGAUGCCAGGCCCUGUGGGGGGAUUUGGACCCAUGAUUUCACCUUCUAUGGGGCAGCCACCCAGAGGGGAGCUGGGCCCUCCUUCCCUUCCCCAGCGCUUUGCCCAGCCAGGUGCUCCCUUUGGGCCCUCACCUCUUCAGCGACCUGGUCAAGGGCUCCCAAGUCUGCCUCCCAACACGAGCCCCUUUCCUGGUCCUGAUCCUGGCUUCCCUGGCCCUGGAGGAGAGGAUGGAGGAAAGCCCCUAAACCCUCCUGCAGCGACUGCCUUCCCUCAGGAGCCUCAUUCGGGCUCACCUGCUGCUGCUGUCAAUGGCAACCAGCCCAGUUUUCCUCAGAACAGUGGUGGUCGGGGUGGGGGAACCCCAGAUGCCAAUAGUUUGGCACCCUCAAAUAAGACAGGUGGAGCAUCUGGGCACCAGCCUCCUCCAGGCUUGGUGUACCCAUGUGGGGCAUGCCGAAGUGAGGUGAAUGAUGACCAGGACGCCAUUUUGUGUGAGGCAUCAUGUCAGAAGUGGUUCCAUCGAGAGUGUACUGGCAUGACAGAGAAUGCCUAUGGGCUCCUGACCACUGAAGCUUCAGCUGUUUGGGCCUGUGAUUUCUGCCUGAAGACCAAGGAGAUCCAAUCAGUCUACAUCCGAGAAGGCAUGGGGCAACUAGUGGCUGCCAAUGAUGGGUGAAUUUGGGAACAGUUGAUAUGGGACCAAGCAAUCUCCUUGAGGACCAUGGACCUUUCUCCUCUUGUGGCUCUUGGUCCCAACUCCCCAUUCAGACUGGGAGAAGGCUUAGUGACUCCUAGGAAUGAGAGAAGGGAUUUUUUGGGAAGAAUGCCUAGAACCUGCCCAUGAAGGGCUGAGAAAGAAUCCUCUGGGAGGUCAAAGCCCUAUUGAGCAGUGCCAUUCUCUGUUUCUACAAGGUAACUUAAGAGGAAAUGCUAGAGGGGUAGGAUAUGAGUGAACAUUAUUGGUUGGGGGCUGCAUUUCUUUGCUAGUGCCAAAUAACUUCUAGCACCUGCCCCUAACACUUCUAACCAGCUUCACUCUGACAGACUCUUGAAUGGUUUUUACCUCUGACCAGAGGUAGCUGUCAGGGUUUUUUCCCAUUCCUUCAGCGACCUACCAUGGAAUCUUAGCCCAGUGCAGAAGACAGUAUUAGACAUUGAGUGAAACCAGUUGGUAGGGGUCAUCCAUUCUUCCUAACUAUUCUCUUUCCACUGGCUUCCCUCCUCUGGAACCAAAUGGCUUUGAGGAAACCAGAUGAAGGUCUGAAUCAUAGCAGAUUUCUGGAGAUUUUUGGUGGUGGCAAGAUCAGAAUGGUUGAGAGAUGAUGUUCUUGAGACAAUCCCCUCCUCAUACCACAGCUACAGGUCCCUCCCUCCCCAGCUUCAGUUUAAUCAUUACUUGAUCUAUGUCAUGCUUCUUCAAUUCCAACACUUUAUACAUCUGUUACAUAUUAUCUUAAACCACUUUUUUCCAAAUCUGCCCUUUUGCCAAUAGUUCCUGUGUCUUUGCUGUGCUGAGAGCCCAAGGAAAAAAAAAAGAAACCCUAACAAUUUCCACUCCUCAGCCAUUUAUUUCAGAUGUUCUUAUAGGACAAAAGUGAAGGUUUUAUCUUGCCCCUGAAUGGGCAGGUCCCAGUCCUGGGACCCUUAAUGGGGAGGAUAUGUGGGAAAAUUGGAUACUUUUACUUUUCACUCCCCAGCCCUUCAGUAUCUCCCAAGAUUUAAUGGUUCCGCAGUUUAAAAUCUGUUUUCUCAUCAGUCUCUUUAACAGUGUAUUUUCUCUUCUGCCAGAGCCACUUGUUGAGGCAAAUAACUGCCCAGCAUAGAGUCUCUGUUUAGGCCAUUCUGCUUCUGACAUAUGGGGAUGCCCGCCUUUUCUCUCCACUCAAGUGAAAAUAUCAGCUCACAUAUCAGUUCCCUGUUAGUGAUUUGGGUUAGGUUUAGUCAUCUGGAAGGAAUUAGUAGCCUCUAGCUGUGGGUACUCACUCUUUUAAUUGAGGAGGGAAUGAUGGGAAAGAGCCAAAAUAUUUUUUCCCCCUGUUCCUUAACCAGCUGCUCUGCUCUGGUCCUUUCUUUAGCCAGGCACCUCAGCAGCUUUCCCAAGUUCCAGAGCACUUGGAUAAGAUAAGAUAAGAUUCCAGGGCAAAGGGACUGGACAUCUGAGUUUCCUGUCUGUUAAACUAAUACCUGAAGUUCUUAAUUCCUGAAGAGAGUGGACCCUGUGUUCCCCUCCUUCUGCCCCUGGGGGGAAAAGACCAUGAGAAAUAAACUGAGCACAGAUGGAUGGACAGCCACACUAUUAAAUUUUGUGUUGUUUUUGAUUUGCCUCUGGUGUCCCCAUUAUCUAUUACUAUUUUUGUGCAUUUCCUCUCCCUGUUUUCUUUCCCCUGUUUUGUAAAGUAUGGCCCUCUCCAUCUACAAAUAGGAUGGAAUGGGCAGAGGUGGUUUGGCAUAAUGGGGCCUUUGAACUUUUUGUAUGGUUGGAUUUAUAAAGCAACUUGAAAAAUCU